AUAUAUGUUGUCCAGGGCAUUUUAUUCUCUAAAUAAACAAUAAUGAUGUUGGAAGGUUGCUAAUGUAUUGUAUCUGUUGCGUUUGUUAAUCUUUAUUUAACAAGAUGGCACAGAUGGAAGACAUUCUAAAAGAUCCUGAUGCAAUAGAUGCCUGCAGGCACCUUCUACAUUGUUAUAAUAACGAUCUAGGCGUAGAUGUGUUAAAGGAAAUGCCGGACAUAAAGACGGCAUCAGCUUCUUUUCUAUCGCAAAUUGCUGGUAAACCUGCUGAACAAGUUACAGAUACACUCGAGAACCUCAACCAUGCAGGGCUGAUUGUUAAGGCCUUACGUCAUAAAGCUGUGCUAAAUAAUACUAGUGAUAUAAUUCAGAGCGUUGGAGAAGUCAACGAACUAAUGGAUAAUUUGGAUGAGGUGACGGAAUCUGUUGCCGAGUUGAGGCAAAGUAUCGAUACUCGUUAUGGAAGUUCCAUCAUACUGUACAAGGAGUUGGAUGAUGACAUAAAAAAGCUUGAACGCAUAAGUGCAGUACAGUCGUACGUAAUUGAUUGCAUUGAAGUGCUAAACAGUAUAUCUGCCUUAAAAUUGGAGAUCCAGAAUUUGGGCACUUCACUGUCAGACUUUGUUUCACUCCUAAACACGGCACAUAAACUAUCAGAGGUGCUUAUUGAAAUAGAUGGCAUGCAACACAACGAUAUGCGAGAUUUUAUAUAUAAACACUCUAAUCAACUCAAAAGCGAUAUAGUGAACCUGACAUAUGAUGGUGGUAUAGGCAAUCUGGUAAAACGCGCUGAAGCAUCUGGUAGCGAUCAGGGACUUUUAAACGUUAUCACAGUAUGCCAUCUCAUAUUCAGAGAAUUGGGAGUUGCUCCAGAAUGUUCAUUGCGUUUGGUUGACGAAAUGGUUGCAUCUACGGGGAGAUGUAUAGAUAUGCAUCAACUUAUGAACGCUGACUCAUGUGAUAACAUGUGGCAGCAGUUUUUCAUCUCACAAUUCGCAGAGUUCAUGGCAAAGUACAAAAAAUGUCUUAUAGCACUCUACACGUUUUGUAGAUCUGUAAAUUUCCGUGUCAGUGAACACUUGGAAAAGAAUGAGCAGCAUCUUUUAACCGAUUGUCCUACACUAUCGCAAACAACACAUUUUGUACACAACCCUUUUGAACUGUAUGCAGCAUGUGAACUAUAUGCGAAACGCUCCUUGGGUAUAAUACAAACUGUACUCAAUCACCUAGAAUCGCAGUCAUCGUCAUCUGAUCUUUCUGAUGUUGUAAUGCUGGCUCCACAGCUAAUAACCAUGGGUGAAUGUACCCAUGCCGAUUUGAAGCAUGUAAAAAUUCAUUUUAAUCUUCAUGGGCAUUACUUCAGGGCCAUUUGCGAAAAGUACGCAAAGGAAUUUAUGACCAAAGCGGCCGAGUGUAUAUUACCUGAGUCUAAGACAGCUUUUCUUGGUUGCUACAGGCUACUAAAACAGAAUGAUGUCAACAAUAUGAAGGAAUUGUCACCUGAACGUGAGUUACAUGUUGCAUCCUCUCUGGUGCGCACUUUGCCUACCAACGACAAUCUGGCACAAAUGAUCUAUGAGUUUUUGGAUAAAUCACGCUGCUGCGAUACAUUGCACCAACAUGUGCUCCAAAUUGCUAAUUCUGCCGUACACAAUAUACUGAAUGGUGCCAAGGUAGCCUCUACUAACUCAGGACAUAGGCUAAUGCUUAGUGAUGGAGGGAGUAAAAUUGCUCUGAGGAAGCCUAAUGAUAUGCAGAAUGUUAACAUUCGCUUAUAUCAGUAUUUGACGUCGUUAGUAAACAUCCUUGAACCUUGUAUGACAAGGUCAUCUGACCAAGAAUCGCAAUUGUUUCAUACCCUCCAAGAAUGUAAAACUGUAGAAUUAAUAGACCACUGGGCUGACGAUGUUGGAGAAACAUUAUGGCAUACAGUGUCAUAUAUCAGUUCGGGUGGAUGUCAAGAAUUUGGAUGGUUUGUACAUCAGGUCCUGACAGCUGCACAGCAUAUGGUCAAAAUAUGCAAGUUCCUACGAGAAAACUAUUUUAACCAUUUACCAACUGAAGGGCGCAUGAAGAUAUUUAAACGGUUGUCAACUUAUGCAAUUUCAGCCUUUGUAAUCUAUUCGAUCACAGUAUGGCCCCUGGAGGAGGAUGACAAAAUGUCACUACUAGGAGUUAUGACCGACCUAGAGAUGGAAUUAGCUGAAAUAUCAAAUGAGUCGCUUCACAAAACUGAAUCUGACUAUCUCCUGGCAUUCAGGAGGCUGCUAUAUCUAGGGGAUGAAUUGUUCGAUAUGAUUAAAACGACAGAUUUUCAAUCGCAUGCUUGUUUAUGGCUACCGUUGGAUGUGAUAGCAUUGCAUCUUGUUACUCGUAUAGUAAAUGAUGUGGAUAUUCCACCAGCUCUGCGUGAAGAAGUAAUGCAGUUACCAUUGCACAAGUUCAUGGGUGAACCAAACAUUCAUGCAAUGUUGUCUAGAUUCCACACGUCAAUGCUCAAAUAUAAGAAUGGAAUUGCUAAUUCAUCAAGUUUAGGUAAGAAACUGGGUGAGUACUUGGGUAAGUUUAAGAUGCUGGAAUCUGUUUUCGGGCAAAGAUUGGAAGAUACGUUUGCUUUCCUUUCUUCACAUUGACGUUUGAUACUCUGUUUCCUAGCAACACUAAUAUCAUUAAAAGUUA